ACCCCGCUAAACUACAUUCGGAACCAGUUCAAGAGCGAACAUAAACAUAUACGAUAGAAUCAAUUCUUAGAACAGCGGUGUACUUGGUGAAUAAUCUCGUAUUUUAUAAUUUGUGCACACAUAUUUAAUGGGUAGUAAUGAGGCGUCCUCCGUAUUAAAAAUGGAAAAUAACUUGGCGAGUGAUGAAUAUACAAAACUCCAGCACAAUUAUGCGGAAUUAGAACGAAAGUACAAUGAGAAUAUUGCUACCUCUGGAAACCAUGAAAGUGGGCUAACAAGUUUUUUAUCACGACUGUCGUUGACUGUUUCUUCAUUAUUCGGUAAAAAUACUUAUGCUGAUAUAUACAUCCGAUCGCAUACGAAAGUAUUUUCUGCACAUAAGAUCGUACUUCACGCUCGCUCUGAAAAAUGGGGAAAUGAUCUAUUGACCAACAUACAGGAGCUGGACUGGAGUGAUUUAAAUGAGGAGGUGGUAUCGUCGCUUUUGCGUUGGAUAUACACUGAUCUGAUUGAUUUGGAGCAUGACGGGCUUGCGUUGGAUCUUCUACGUGCCGCACAUCGAUUUGGUUUACCAUCGCUAUUAGGAUUAUGUGAACGGGCACUAGUGACUUCUGUAGGUCUAAGAUCUUGUAUAAGAGUUUAUUGCGUGGCCGAAGAAGUUGGUGCAUCAACACUGUUGGAACAUUGCUCCAGCAUAAUAUCAACACACUGGAAUGAACUUACAACUCAAGAUUUCCAACAUAUGUCUGGACCCUUAUUGUUUGAAAUGCUUAAAACCAAAACAAAACAUCCUCUCCAUGCUGCUGUUAGACUCUUAAGGGAAGACGUCGUGUCUCUGUGCAUUGAAAAAUAUGAAGACUCCCUGGUAAAUACAUUUUCUGAAAAUGGUUUGUUGCCUCUUCAAAUGGCCUUGUCUUCAAAAAAUACCCAAAUUGCGAUGACUCUAGUAGAAAACGGAAAGGCUAACAUAAAUGCUGUUAAUAUAGAGGGAUGUUCGCUCCUAAAAUCUUCUUUAAAAAAUGGUGAUGCUUUUUCUGCUAACUUUCUGUUGGACCAAAACUGUCUUUUAGACCUUCCAUCAAAACAAUCUUCAGAUACUGCAUUACACAUUAUUUGUAAUUAUAAUCCGGACAAUAUCUCAGAAAUAAUAGAAGUUGUGAAUAAGAUUUUGCAAAGAAAUGUAAACGUAAAUAUACAAAACACAAAAGGAGAAACGCCCUUGCAUAUAGCGAUUGCUAGACGAAAUGUAGAGAUGGUGAAGCUUUUGCUUAAAGUGCCGAGUAUUGAUAUAAAUUUGCGCACCUUAGACGAAAAGUGUGCUUUGGAACUAAGUUUAUCAAUGGGAGACCACGAGUUCUUAAUAGCCUCAAUACUUCUUAGUAUGGGAGCACAAACAAAUCCUACAAAGUCAAAGACCGGGGAUAGCAUACUACAAGUGCUUGCGUUGGACGGACAUCGUAAAGAAAAAUCUGCAAUUUUUCUGUCUGAUUUUGCCGAUUUAGACCAUUUUAAUUUACGUGGGUUAACAGCAUUACACAUAGCUGCUUUGAACAACAUGCCAAACCUAGUUAAAAAGUUGAUUGUUAAUGGUGCUUCCUCCAAUUUAAAACACAUUGACUGCGGUUUAAGAUCAGCAUUGCACAUUGCAGUUGAAGCUAAUGCCAUUGAUGCCUUAGAAGCUUUUGUUGAGUUAAAAAACCAUAAUAUUGAUUUUAAUUGCCAAGAUAUUAAUGGUGACUCUCCCCUAAGCCUAUGCUUAGCCCUUAAGAGAACCAAUCUAGUUUCUAUUCUUAUCCGAGGCGGCUCAGAUGUUAACGGAAAGAAUAAAGAUAACUUAUCACAUUUACAUCAAUCCAUUAAGAAUGGAGAUAGUGAUACAUCAUUAUUUUUACUGGAGCAGGGUGCAGACAUUACAGCUUUAUCAGAUAAUCUGGAUUCUUCAUUGGAUUUAUCGAUUAUGCAUGAUCUUCCUAAAGUUGCCGACGAACUUUGCAGGAAAGGAAUCGCCCUAAGCAUUAACAAAAAUGGAGUAUCACCAUUAUGGUCUGCUUUGGAGAAAGGAUACGAAGACGUAGCACUUAUACUUGUGCGACAUGGUAUUGACACAGAUUGUUGGCACGAGGGACCUGAAGGAUGUCAGCAAACUCUAUUACAUCGCGCAAUAGAUGAAAACAAAGAGUCAGUAGCUAUAUUUCUAAUUCAAAGCCAAUGCGACUUAGACUCUGCGCGUCAGCCAGGCCCCAACGGAGAGGGUGGAGAUGAGGCACAAGAUAAGGCUUCUCCGCUGCAUUUAUGUUGUCGUUGGGGCCCAACUAAAGUUCUUCAGACGUUAAUUGAUCAUGGUGCUAAUGUUAACGUAGUUGAUGCUGAAAGCAAAUCCCCACUUCAUGGAGCUAUUGAAAACCACCAUGAUGAGAUAAUAUCCAUACUUCUUUGUCAUCCUGAUAUAGACCUUAAGCUACGUGACAGGUCUGGAAACACACAGUUUGCAACUGCAUUGGACGUCCGUAAUCACAACGCUGCUCAACGUAUUUUGAAUCGAUUUCCAACAGCAGCAGAGCAAAUGGACCUGCGCGGUCGAAACUUUCUGCAUUUAGCAAUUUUAAAAGAUGACUUAGAGAGUGUUUUAUUUUUAUUAGCUAUUCAAGUAGAUGUCAAUUCUCGGGUACAUGACGUCAAUCAAUCGACGCCGUUACACCUAGCAGCUGCAUCACAAAACGAAAUGAUUACCAGAAAUCUAAUUUUAGCUGGCGCCCGUAUAAAUGAAAGAGAUGCUGUUCAAAAAUUACCUCUGCAUGUUGCUAUAGAAUGCGGUAAUCUUCCUGCAGUUUCUGCGUUAAUUCAAAACAAUGCUGACUAUGACGCAACAGAUGCUGACGGCAAUAAUGCUUUGCACAUUGCUGUGCGAUGCGCCCAGUUAUUCAUUGUGCGGGAACUUUUAACCGAAUCGAGAGUGAAUGCGGAAGCAACUAAUUUAAAGGGUAGAAAUCCCAUGCAUGAAUUGUGCCGGGUCGUAGAAGAUAAUACAGCCGGACUGAUUUGUGAAUUAUUUCUUGAGUGUAUGCCGAAGUAUCCAAUUAACAUUCCUGAUAUGGACGGUAACACACCUCUUUUGCUUUCAUUUAUGAGAGGCCAAUCACCACUUUGUAAAAUUCUUGUAAAGGCAGGGGCUUGCCUUGGUACUGAAAAUAAAGAUGGAAUUAAUAUUUUUAACUUUAAGCUGGCCACGGAUCAAUUACUUCACAAAUUAUUGGACCAGCUGCCACAGGAAUCACCGUGGUCAGAGUGUGACUACUGCCAGCAUUGUACAAAUAAAUUUACAAUUACUAUGAGAAAACAUCAUUGCCGGCAUUGUGGACGGGUCUUAUGCUCCAAAUGUUCCAGUAAUGAUGUGCCCAUUUUAAAAUUCGGCAUCAACAAACCAGUCAGAGUAUGCACCGUUUGUUUUAAUGUACUACAAUGUGGAAAUGGAUACUUUUCAUAGAAUAUUUCUCUAUUGCAAAAAUUAAUUUUAAGUCCUAACGACGUUUUAAUUUUUGAAGCCGUUGAAAUAAAAGUGUUAGUCUGUCAUUUAGCGAGGAGACUUUUAGAAGUCCUUAAAACAUAUUACCUCAAGAAACGUGCUAAGCUCUUUGUAAAAAUUUAUUCCACUAUAAGAUAUGGGUAUUAUUUGUAUUUUUGACUCAAGCGAAUUUAUUUUAAUGUUUUGCAACCAAUUUAAAAUUAAAAUAACAAAUAUUUAA